AUGGGUGGCAUUUGGGAGAGGCUUAUUCGCUCGAUUCGACGAAUAUUGAAAGCCUUGUUACAAGGACAGAGAGUGAAUGACGAAUCCUUGGUGACGUUCAUGGCAGAGACGGAGAGAAUUCUGAACGAGCGUCCAUUGACCCGUCAAGAAGAUCAUCCGAAUGACCUUGAACCGUUAACCCCAAACAAGUUACUUCUCCUGCGAUCAGAGCAACCACCUCCUUUGGGAAGUUGGGUAGUCGGCGACAAGUUCUCUAAACGAUGGAGACAAGCUCAGCAGCUCGCGAGUGCAUUCUGGAAAAGAUGGGUUAAAGAAUAUUUACCUCUACUCCAGGAACGACAGAAAUGGCUGACAGUAAAGCGAAAUUUACAACCCAAAGAUCUCGUGUUAUUGUUGGACGAGAGAUUGUGUCGAGAACAGUGGCCUCUUGGUAUUGUCGAAGAGGUGUAUCCUGAUAAGAAUGGUCGAGUACGACAAGUCCUGGUGCGCACAUCGAAGUCGAAGUUCAAAGGGACAUUAGGAAAUUAUGUUUGUUGGAAGGAGACUGUUAAGUAUUUGGACUCUAUACGUAAGUUAGAACAUUUAUAA